GAAUCCUUGGUAGAGAUUGGGAGUAGGUAAAUCAUGAUUGCACGAAAUUGGAUAUUUUUCCUAAUGGAAUUAAAAUUGAAAAAUAGGUGCGCAUGGACAUCUUUAAGAAAGGACUACUUUAUCAACCAUUUUACCAGAAUAUGCGUGCAUUAAAAAUGGAUGACAAGGAUGAAGCAAUCAGCGAGGUGUUGGAAAAACUGAAUGGCAGACCAUUGUUCGUUAACAUUACAUAUUCUGCCAAUUAUAAUAUGCACGAUCGUUUCCUGACGACCACUUCAGCAGGCCUAGAUAUAGAGGUGGUAGGGAGUUCGAAAGAUGGCCUGAAAACAGCGCGCUUUUAUGACGUAGGCGAUGUUGACAUUCUCGUUUACUCCAGAAUAUUUUUUGACGCACACGACGAAGCCACCUUCGAGUUCAGGUCUGAUAAUCCUCUGUUUUUCCAUAUACCGCACCCAAGACAGAUACAGAACACAACCCUUGUAGAUGGAAAAUAUUUGAACGCGAGGUGGGUUCGACUUUUUGUUACCAGUAUGUUUGGAGUCGACGAAAAGCAGACUUUUCGCAGAUCUACUUACUCCAUAAUGCCUAAAGGUGUCCAAACUUCGGAUUUGAAAUGCGCAACCACGGAGACUAUCAAUUUUGCAGAUCAGGUCUUUGACCCGGUUUAUAAGGCCCCCGAUUCGUUCAUUGACCAUCACCAUGUGUUUGUAUGGAAUACGGAACAUAUCGUGUUUGCCUACUUGUUGUACACAUGCAACAGUGAGAAAGUGGAGUUCGUAAGAGAGAUGCUGUAUGGAGCCGAGCAUUUACUGGAGAAGGGCAGUGGGCUCCGUUCGACCCUUAAAGACCGAUUUGGGCAACUGAAGCAGGACUUCCAAAAAGCUUUCUUUGGCGUUCACGAUUUGCUGUAUUUCAAAAGCGACGAGUUUCAAAACCUCCUUACUCAGACGGUAGACGAGGCAGUUUCAGACCCUAGCGUCUCUGCUGAAGGAGGCGUGAAACCACACGGGGAAUAUUCCGCGGACAAGGUACCCGCAAUACGUUGUCGAGCCUGGCCUCGGACAGCAAAGUCUUUCAUAACACGCCGACGAGUUUGGCCGCCGAAAGAGGUCGUUGACGAAAUUGUGGCUGAAGGCUUUCGUAUCGUUCCUAAGUCGGCUAUACUGGAUCCUUUUCCUCUGAAGGACUUCAUUCUGUCGUUUUCGCAUGCGGACGUGCGGCUGGUACGGCUUCUUCCUGAAGAGGCCCGGGUCGCUUAUCGCCUCGUCAAGAUCUUCUUCAAGUGUGGAAACGUUGCUAUGAGGACAAAAACACGCUGAAGACGUACCAUUUGAAGCAGGCUCUGCUAUGGACCGCCGAGGAGCGUGCGCCUGAGGACUGGAUUCAAGCUGGUCUUCUCGCAGGAAUGCGUUGGCUACUUUCAUAUCUCAUCAAUGUUUUGGAGAAGGGAUUUUUUCCAUCAUUUUACGUGGAGGGAAGCAAUCACAUCUGCCAUUUUACUAAGGAAGAUUGUGCCGCUCAUAUUGAACUGUUUGGCAAGAUACAAAGAAAUCCGGCAAACUUCGUGAAAGUUGUUGUUGACAAUGAAUUGGAGUACAACCGUUUAACAAUGCGAGAAGAUUCAUUCAAAACCAUACAGGAUCCUAAAAAUAUCAACAGCUUUACCUGGAUGCAGCUUAUUAAAUUAACGAGUGCGUCACAAAGUGAAUUGGACGGCUACGAUCCAGAUGCGAUUGUUAAUCGUGGUUUUGACGCUUACCGGCAACUUCAUCUUGUGGAUCCGUUCAACACAACCCCCCAUGACAACGUCUACAUCGGGACCACAAUAACGAUGAAAGAGCUUCGUAACGUUGAGGUAUUUCUCCAGACGGUAACACAGUUGGAAAUGAAUCUGUUCGCUGUGUUGGAAACGGACAUUGACAACGAAAUCGUUCAUUUUUCAGAGGAGUGGAUGCUAGAAGAAACGUUGAAGAAACUGUAUCCGCAGUAUGACAAGACAGCAGACUUGGCGUACGGUGAUCACGCGCUCGCUGUCGCAAAACUUCGCCUGAAAUACUACCGCAGUGUGUACCAUGCCCUGUGCGGCAUGCUCAAGAUCGCUUGUUACCAGAAAGACGCGGCUUUCGGAAACUACGACGUCAGGUACAUCGUACAUCUCGUGAAGGAGUUGAUCAACUAUUUCAGAUUCACUGACGAGAACGUGGACGACCUGUUCCACUCCCUGUUCUUCUUCUGCCACUUUACGAGGCUGCGCCACCACAGACUGACUAUCACCGACCAGAUGCUACGCAGCAUACGUGAGUUUCUCCAAGAAGCAGAUAUCCUGAUGACCGUGUAUUUUAAUACGAGGCUUUCCUAUCCACAGCCGUACAUCGUCACUGGAAUAGUCGACCUUCUAGGCGAGUGCUUCCCGCGGCGCACAGAGACCGGCAAUGCCGGCGGAUGUCCCCCAUGUCGAUCGGCGGUGUCUUGAUUUAAAUGAUUAAGAUGAAAGUUAUGAAGUAAUGUUGUUUUUUUGUCAAUAAACACUUUGUAUAAGUUAUGAUAAGUAUUUUAAGCCAGAACUACAACCAUAAUGUGAACAUUAUUGCAACUCUAGCGUGGUCGGAUAAUCUAAAUAAUAGUUAUAGUAUUAUAUGCCGCGCUCAUGGCCCAGACUUUAAACAAUGCUUAUUUCGUACUGUGUUAUUUCUAUACAAAUAACCGAUCUUAGCAGAGCUUGUAUCAGAUUAGAAUAUUAAUUUCUGUUGAUUAUACGUGUGUAGUAUAAUGAACUUUUGUUGACUGCGUAUCUUUUUGCUUGUAUGUUAUCAAAAUUAAGUGUGAGGUAAAAAAAAAUCCAAUAUCUGCGUAGCUCACGAUAUCUAGAAAAAAACUACCUUUGGAUAGCAUUUGUCCUUGUCAACACCUACCGAUAUUUGCAUGAAUGGUACAUGCAAGCUUUAGUAAGAAUACAUGUUCUGAAAUGUUUUGUUAUGUUGUAACCACGUUGAGUUUCGGAAAUAUUAUAUAUAUGUUUACAGUUGUAUAGUAAUGUUUACAACAUACAUAUUAAAUUAAUAUUUGUCAGACUCGGUUAGUGGUCCCUAUCGACAUGUCAUUAAAAUAAUAUUAUAUUUUCAAAACACAUUAUUUUCAUUAUUUAGGUAUGCAUUACAUUA